CUCAUUAUCAAAAUCAAAUCCCUGCAAGCACCAACAAGGAACAAGUAGAAGCUAAUUAAGCAAUGGUGAAGAACAAGUGUAGCAGCAGCAGUAAUAGCCAUAACAGCAGCAAUGCAGUGCAAGGGAGUGUGAACAAGAGGCCAUACAAAGGAGUAAGAAUGAGAAGCUGGGGUUCAUGGGUCUCUGAAAUAAGAGCACCGAAUCAAAAGACUAGGAUUUGGUUAGGCUCAUAUUCCACCCCGGAAGCUGCUGCCCGGGCCUAUGAUGCUGCACUUUUAUGCCUAAAAGGCUCUGCAGCAGCGCUCAACUUCCCACACUUCACUGCUGCUGCCUCAGCAUUCUCCCCUGAAACAAUCUCAGGUAUUAUGUCACCCAAGUCCAUUCAAAGAGUUGCUGCUGCAGCGGCAGCAGCAGCAAGCAAUGCUAUCACUACGUCUCCAUCUCCAUCUCCAUCUCCAUCUUCGCCUCCGGUUUCAUCGCCUUCACAGUCAUUCUAUGAUACUAUAACAGAUGAUGAUACAUUAGGUGUUAUUGAUCAUUCUUCUACUUGUGCUGAUGAACAAUGGAUUGAUUUCAGUGUAUUUGAUUCACCAAAGUUUAUGGAGCAAAUGCUGAAUCCUUGUGGCAGUUCCUUUAAUCCUUUUCAGGUGGAGGACUGGGAGGAAGAAAGUGGUGACAUCCAUCUUUGGAGCUUCUCUUAAUUGCAUGUGUUUGUUUUUGUCUAUCUUUCAGUGAUUGUACUGACAGGGUGUGACCAAAUUGGUCUUAUUUAUUUGUUGUUAUAUGAGUGAGUUAAGGUAGGGAAGGUAAUUCCAGGGAGCCACAGAAUUUUUUAGGUUGUUCCUAGGGAUUUCCUAAUAUGUAUUUUUACAUGUGUGUGUAAAACCUUGUCAUUAAAUGAAAGUAAUAAGUAA